ACCUGUUCCGUGGACCGCGGACCCCACAUGCUGCGCACCUGCGUAGGGUACGCAGCCGCCUGCAACGACCUCGGCAGCGUUGCGUGGUGGCUGCCGUUGGAGCGCCGCAGUGAGGGCCCGGACGAGGGCACCGAUGCCCUGCAGCUCGCCCACGACGUCAUCAAGACUCCGAGCCUGACGUUCAGCGGCUGCUCGAUGACGCUUGGCCUCGUCAGCGAGCUGCUGCAGUGCCUCGCCCUGCCGCCUGGUGUUCUCAGCGAGCAGCUCCAGCGCCGCGGCCUGCCGAUCGCCAACAUCGCGCAGCUGUGCCAGGAGCUGGAAACCAAGAAAUGUGUUGCCAUUAUCAUCCAUGCAUUUCUCGCUAUGGACUCUUCGCUGGAAGCUUCUGUUCGUGAAGAGUCUCAGUGUGCACAACAAUUUCCUCUUUGUUGAAAAUCCACUGGCCCAACGGCAUCCAUGAAUGGUGCCGGUUCACCGCACAACCAAUGCACUUCGUUUGGACAGACCGAAACGGUGCCGGAAUUCAUUUUUGCUCAACUCAUCAAACGCAUCUCGCACCUCCAACCACCUCUGCACGAGAAGAAACCAAACAGCCCUUUUCAGGGCUACACAACCGUUGCUCGGCCUUACGAGAUGACCGACAUAAUCACAACCUCCUUCCGAACCCUCACUUGCUGCAGUAUGCAAAACAUGCAGCAAGCAGAUGCGACACAGGUGCAAAAUGUGCAUUAGUGUAUGAUAAGUUACAUAAGUUCGUUUUUUGUACAGAACCUUAGGCAAUAGCACAUUUUCAUAUAUAAUGCUUUAGAAGCAUAUGACACUACAGGGAACCAUCUCGAGACGUUACACAUUCUUCAUGUAAAUUUACUGUUUCACCUUAACUACAAAGCAGGAUACCUGCUUAUUCAGUCUGACAGUUAUGUAAACAAUUAGCUCACCUUCGACCCUUCUUUAGUACUAACAUACACCUGCACGCAUGAGCAUCACCUAUGAGCCUGUAAUAUCAUCUGCAGUUAAUGAAGUUGGUAUUCACGAACCGUGUUGGUCUGCUGCUGCUGCUCCAUUAAACUCGGUAGCACGGCGCGGACGGCUGAUGGCUAGCGCCUCCGCGGUUGGCGCUGGGGUACUGAAAACAAAAACAUUACUUUACUUCACAGCAGACACCUAUGGAACAAGUGUUUUAAAGCUCUGAAAUGGAUUAUCUUAUUAAACGACUUAUACUGUUAAUAGGAAAACAUCAAACUUACACGCUGGGGCCGCAUCCUCCUCGGCCACACCAGCGGCAGCCGGAGCAGAGCUCACGAAGGCCUGUUAUAGUAAGAAGU